AUGUCGCAGUAUCCCCAGCCGACACCACCGGGGCAAGAUGGCUAUGGCCAGCAGGCGCCCGCCGGACAGAACUAUGAGAAUUACGAGACAACUUCACCGCCAGGCGUAAUGCCGGCCCCUCCACAAGGGCAGGCUCAUGGAGGCAGGAAGAAGCGUGCUUAUGCAGGCCAAGCAUACGAAUUUGGCGCGGGUGCGAAUGCUGCUUUGGGAGGUCAACAGCAAGCUGGCGGUGCAUAUCCAGGAUAUUCCGCCCAACAAGAUGCCGCCGGCUAUCCGCAGGGUGGUUAUCAACAAAACCCAGUGGCAGUACAACCGAACACAACGCCCAUGUAUCCCGGCGCCGAAGCGGCCGGUGGUUAUCAGCCUCCGGCUGCAGGCUAUCCUACAGCAGGGGUCGCGGGCGUCACCCAGCAAUUUGGCCAAAUGGACAUUGCUCAGCAGCCUCCCGUAGCUGCAGCGCCGCAACAGCCGCAGCGGGCGCCUGUUCUCAAUCAGCUUUAUCCAACUGACCUGUCCAACCAGCCUUUUAACGUGGCAGAACUGGACUACCCCCCUCCACCAGCAAUCCUGCCACCUAAUACCAGCGUAACACCUUCGCCAUUUGCCAACUGCCCGCCCAAAUAUGUUAGAUCUUCCCUCAACGCUGUCCCAACCACACAUUCCCUUCUGAAGAAGUCGAAGCUACCAUUCGCGCUGGUCAUCCAGCCAUAUACGUCCUUGCACGAUGUCGAGGAUCCUGUACCAAUUGUGCCCGAUCAAGUGAUAUCGCGUUGCAGGAGAUGUCGAUCAUACAUCAAUCCCUUUGUGACAUUUUUGGACCACGGGCAUCGAUGGAGGUGUAACAUGUGUAAUCUCACCAACGAUGUACCUCAAGCGUUUGACUGGGAUGCUGCCGCGCAAAAGAGCUUGGAUAGAUGGCAAAGACCGGAUCUGAACCAUGCUGUCGUUGAAUACAUUGCUCCGCAAGAGUACAUGGUCCGGCCUCCACAACCACUCGUUUACCUAUUUCUACUCGACGUAAGUUACGCUGCGGUCACCAAUGGCCUGUUGGCUACAACCGCAAGGUGUAUCCGAGAGAGCUUGGAUAGAAUUCCAAACGCCGACCGACGAACUAGACUUGGUUUUAUUGCUGUGGACUCGAGCCUGCAUUUCUUCAAUAUCCCCAGGGACGGGACUGAAAACGGACAGACGAGCAUGCUUGUGGUGAGCGACCUGGAGGACGCCUUUCUUCCUACGCCUGCAGAUCUACUUGUCCCGCUAUCCGAGUGCCGAGAGAAUAUUGAAAACUUCCUCGAUAAACUACAAGAAAUGUUCCAGAACACUCAGAAUGGCGCGUCUGCUAUGGGGUCUGCUCUCAAAGCAGGCCAUAAACUGAUAGGCCCUGUGGGUGGUAAGAUGACCGUGGUCACAGCAUCUCUUCCCAAUAUUGGACACGGCAAACUUGAAAUGCGAGAGGAUAAGAAGAUUUUGGGUACAUCAAAAGAGAGCAGUCUUCUUCAAACCAGCAACAGCUUCUACAAGAGUUUUGCGGUCGAGUGUUCGAAACAGCAGAUUUCGGUGGACAUGUUCCUCUUCUCCUCGCAAUACCAAGACGUUGCUUCAUUGAGUAAUCUUCCGAGGUAUACCGGUGGCCAGACAUACUUCUAUCCAGGCUGGAAUGCAGCACGAGAAGAUGAUGCCAUGAAAUUUGCCAAAGAGUUCUCCGACUAUCUUUCUGCCGAGAUCGGUCUCGAGGCAGUUCUUCGUGUUCGAGCAACAACUGGCUUGAGAAUGAGCACCUUCUACGGUAACUUUUUCAAUCGCAGCUCCGAUUUGUGCGCUUUCCCAGCGUUUCCUCGAGAUCAGAGUUAUGUGGUCGAAGUGGCCAUUGACGAGACUAUCACCAAACCGGUGGUGUGUAUGCAAGCGGCCGUUUUACAUACGACGUGCAACGGCGAAAGACGUAUUCGGGUUUUGACAUUAGCGUUGCCCACUACCCAACAAUUAUCAGAUGUGUAUGCUUCCGCGGACCAGCAGGCUAUCACACAAUACUAUAGUCACAAGGCAGUGGAACGAGCCCUGGGCAGUGGACUUGAUAGUGCUCGCGACAUGGUCCAAAGCAAGCUCGUCGAACUUCUUUCAACCUACAAGAAAGAGCUAGCCGGUGGCAGCAUGGGCGGCGGCGGGUUGCAAUUCCCUGCUAACCUUCGGGGCCUGCCUGUACUGUUCCUUGCCCUCAUAAAGAACCUUGGUCUGAGGCGCUCCUCACAAAUCCCCAGCGAUAUGCGCUCAGCCGCACUUUGCUUACUGUCCACCCUACCGUUACCUCUACUGAUUCAGUACAUCUACCCCAAGAUGUACUCCCUUCACGACAUGCCAGAUGACGCAGGCGCUGUCAACCAAGAAACCGGCGAGAUCAUCCUUCCGCCGCCCGUCAACCUUUCAUCAGAGCGCAUUGUACCCUAUGGACUCUACUUGAUUGAUGAUGGCCAGACGCAAUUCCUGUGGGUGGGACGCGAUGCUGUUCCGCAGCUCAUCAUGGAUGUCUUUGGCGUAUCUGACAAGAGCCAGCUUAAGGUUGGUAAGCAACGAUUGCCAGAGUUGGACAACGACUUCAAUGAGCGCGUCCGAGCUGUGAUAUCCAAGAGCCGGGAUCACCUCGCGAAGGGUGUGGGAAGCAUCAUCGUACCUCACCUCUACGUCGUGAAGGAGGAUGGCGAGCCUGGCUUGAGAUUAUGGGCACAGACGAUGCUGGUGGAAGAUCGUGCGGACCAGAGUGUCAGCCUUCAGCAGUGGAUGGGACAGAUGCGCGAGAAGGUACAGUCAUGA